AUGAAACGUAGUGGUAACAACAAUCUGAGUAGUUUAAGUUCAGUUAGUGGUAGCAAUAACAUUGGAAAUAGAAAGCCUUUUAAUAAAGUGAAUGUACCAAAGCCUGUAAAUCUUCCAAUUGCUGGCAAUACCUCUGGUACAAUCACUUCAAACAGCACCACAACAACAAACACAACUCUAAACAAUAGUAAUAUUGCAACAAGUACAAAUCCAGGACCAACUUUGACUGGAAAUAACUCGACUACAUCAACUCUAAAUAAUGCUAAUUCUACUCCAAAUAAUGCAGGUAAUGCUUGGAAUACAAGACAAUUACAAUCAUCUUGGUUUCAACAUAACCCAUCUUCUUCGAACGUUGAAUCAUCAAGUACAGAUCCGAUUAACGUGAGUCAAUCUGAUAAUAGCAAGCCUACCACCAUUAAUACAACUCCAUCUUUGCCUGUAAGAUCAACCCGUACACCAAUUACACCAACAAAGGAUACAAAUAAUAAUAAUUCGGCUUCAUUGACACCACAAACAACAGCAAAUAGUAAUAACGAGGAAACUAGCCAUCAUGAAAAAAAGCAAACAAAUCCAGCAGCUACAACUCAUGCUGGACACGACAGUAACUGGGGUGAAAUUUAUGAUGAUGAUGAUGAUUUUUAUGAUUCGGAUCUAGAAGAACUCAUAGAAAAGGAAAAUAAGACAAAUGCUCCAACACAAGCCAAGACUAAGAAACAGAAAUAUUUGGAAAAGAAGAAGCUUCUCAGAGAACAACAAAUGAUUGCUGAAAAGUCAAACAAAUCCGAACAUAGUGAACCUAAAACUGUUUCCACUCCUUCCAAUACCUCUAAUUCUACUCCUUCCAAUACAUCCCCUCAAAAUUCAUUACCAUCUUCUCCUCCUUGUUUGAAUUUUGCUGAUACAAUAGAAGAAGAACAACAAAUAGAAGAAAUAGAAGAAAUAGAGCAAACAGAACAAACAGAACAAACAGAACAAACAGAGCAUACAGAGCAAAUAGAAGAACAACACAUAGAAAAUCCAGUUCAUAAUUCUCCUCCUUCUCCUCAAGAAGAGGUUCCUAAACAACAUACCGAACCUCAACAUCAAACAUCAAUUCUUCCAAAGAAUACCCCUGUUACUUCUCAUCGACCACCAUCUUUUUUCUCUAUUGGACGUAUUCCAAAGGAAAAUACCAGACCUUCUCAUCCACUUUCCACUCAUCCAAUUCAUACCACCGAUAACCAUGUACCAAAAAUACUUCCUGCCGAACCUCAACAAGAUACCACCAAGCCAAAAGAAGAACUUAUUAAAACAAUUAAAGAGCAAGAGGUUUUGUUAAAUGAAACUGCUGAAAGAAGAAGAAGAGAAAAAGAGGAGGAAGAAGAUAGAAUCGAAAGAGAAAGAAAGGAAAGGGCUCUUUCAAAAUUAAAGGAAUUAGAAAAAAAGCUUGCCGAGAAAAAACCAUCAGUUCCAGAACCAGUUGCCCAACCAAUAGAAAAUACUCAACCUGUUGUUGCUGAAACAUCGAACACUGAACCAACCAGCUUCAGUAGUCAACAAAACUCAAAUGGAGUUAAAAUUCUCAAAUCUCAUAACAAUGGGGGUCAUUCUACUAGAGGAAAUCAUCAUGGAAGAGGAGGUUCAACUCAUAAAACUCAAAGACCAACAAGUGAACAACCUCCAAAGGUUCAACAUGAAAAAGUUGAGGAAAAAUCCAUAACAGAUACUGACAACAAUUGGAGAAGUUCAAAUGUCAAGUUGACAAAACCACCAUUUGGACUUCCUCAAACUAUGACAAGAGAAGCAACUAAUACUACAGCUACUACCCAUUCACAGGAAGGUAAUGCCCACAACAAUUCUGGAGGUAGAGGAGGACACUCAACAAGAGGAAGGCCAAACACAAGAGGUGGUCAUACUAAUCGUAAUCCUAGAAAACAAGUUGAUAAUGAAAAUAGUGUUCCAAAAUCAUCAUCUGAAUCAAAUUCAGCAAUUGAUCUCAGUAAUAUACUUAAAAAUAUUAAUCCAAACGAGGCAAAGAAUAAGAUUUCAUUUGGUAUGUUUGAUGACGAACCAAAAGUUUCACAAUUGAACAAUGCUCCUCAACCUGCAACAACUCAUCCAGAGAAUUCAGCAAAUCCAAGACCUGAGAGACCUCACACUGGUAAACAAUCUCAUCACCGUGAACAUCAACACAAGAGAAAUAAUCCAGUCCAAGCGAACAAUACUGAGCCAGUCCCUAACACUACAACUAGGCAACCACAUCAAAACAAGCCUCCAAGACAAAAACAUAAUGAUAACCGAAACAAUGAAAAUCAAGCUCAUCCAAGACCAAGACGUAAUCAAGAAUUUGUCAAAACUGCCAAUCAUGAAGAGGUAAAAUCAGUCCCUGCCGAUAGUGCACCUGACCAAAAAGAAACUCAAUCAACCACUGGUAGUGAUAUUCAAGCAGGUGAAAAUCAAAGAAUGAAUGGAUCACAACGUUCUAAUAAUAAUAGAAGAGGUAAUCAUCAUAAUGGUACUCCAAGAAAUCAUCAUCAUGAAAAGCACACUCCUAAAAGUAGAAUUUGUUUUGUUAAGGUAGAUAAUACAACCACCACCAGUCAAGAGUAAUUUCAAAUUGGCGCCUAAAGUUUCCCUCCAAUAAAUUAAACGUAAAAAUUU